CUGCUGAUUGCUGUCCUGCCAGCCCUGACUCUCUGUGCCUAUGUGGACGUGGGAAUAAUCAAUGGGACUGAGGCCAAACCUCACUCCAGACCCUACAUGGUCUCUGUGCAGUUAAACAAUCAGCAUAUUUGUGGUGGUUUUCUUGUGUCUGAGUCCUUUGUUAUGACCGCUGCCCACUGUAACAACGGACCUGGUAUGACAGUUGUGGUGGGUGUUCAUGAUCUGUUUGCCACAGAUCAGUUCACUGUCCGCAUGAGAGUGAGGCGUCGUCUCCCUCAUCCUGGUUAUAACAACGAUGCUGUGAAACAUGACAUCAUGCUUUUGCAGCUGGAUCAGAAAGUUAAGCUGAUCCCUAAUGCAGUGCAGCCCAUUCCACUGCCUAGAAGAAACGAAGACGUUGCGGCCGGGUCCAGGUGUACUGUGGCAGGAUGGGGUCGCAUUUCAACAAAUGGACCUGUAUCUUCACGCCUAAUGGAAGCCAAUGUCCAAAUCUUUGAUAGAGAACAGUGUAGACAGCGUUGGGGAGGAUUAAUCACCGAUCACAUGCUCUGUGCUUCUGGAGGAGCAGGAUUUUGCCAGGGGGAUUCUGGAGGUCCUCUGGUGUGUGGGGAGAAAGCAGUGGGCGUGGUGUCAUUCAAUCAGAAGGGUAACUGUGACAAACCCAUUGUUCCCAAUGUCUACACCAAGAUAUCCUCUUAUCUGCACUGGGUUAAAAGCAUCACUGGAUGA